AUGGAAUCUAUUGCCAACUUAUUCGACGAUGGUUUGCUCGACUACGACGAGGCAAUGGAGAUUUCGGAGCCUGCGCCAUCGGCAACGUUGUCACCCGUCUCUAUUGAGGUACCUACCACAUCCCCUGUGACUUCAACAGCAUCGUCGUCAACUACUAAUACAUCAUCGUCGACAACUACUACUACUAUUACUACUUCGGAACCUGCUGCCCAACCAGCAGCAGUCAUAGCUACAAGUUCCGUAUCCGCUCCUAAUGCGGCACCAACGGAAGUGACGGGUUCGAAUAUGAAUGGUCGGGUUAAUGAUCCAUCGCGUCAAUGUAGACUCUGUAGGAAGUAUCACCCAUUACGAUUUUGUCGUGUAUUUUUGAGCAUGAGUUUUGAACGGCGCCUUCGCAUGGUGGUUUUACAUCGGUACUGCUCUAAAUGUUUAGCCCAUUCCCAUCUUGGAAAUGCAUGCCCCAGUACCUCGAAAUGCCGAAAUUGUCAGGGUGAUCACAACACUCUGUUACACUCGGACCGCAAACAAAAUACCAGCAACCACAAACGGUCCCGUAAAAAUCUAAAAUCGUGUCCACCUGUGUCUGUUUCGACUGGUUCCGAUUUACCUGUUCGGCAUGUAAUAAACUUUUCGCCUACAUUGAAAGUAGAGCUACAUUUGUCUGGGAAGUACAUACCGGUUCGCGCGAUUCUUGACUCGUGUUGCAAUAUUAGUUAUGUAUGUUCCUCGCUGAUUAAACAAUUAGGGUUACCCACCUCUCAGAUGGGAAAUAAUAGAUUUUGUCGUCUCACCAUUGGUUCCCUAUACGACCGGUCCCAGAAAAUUUGUAUUUCCGCACGGGUUACUGAAAUGGUAGGCAUACGGACACCAUCGGAAACCGUUCCGGAUAAUAUUAAAGAACAUUUUGCUGGAUUGGAACUUGCCGAUCCUUCUUUCAAUCAUUCCGGUAGGGUUGCCCUCGUUUUAGGUCCUGAAGUUAACCCACACAUUAUGAAAAACCGUAUAUAUUCGAACCCGGGACUUCCGAUGGCCCAAUACACCAUCUUUGGUUGGGUAAUUUCUGGGUCAUCUCCCUUUUAA